GACUGCGCUGGAGGAAAUUGACUCUUGUCCCUUGACCAAAACAGGAAGGUACAAAGGUGUCUAGGGGUGGCGUGAGCUCUCGAGGGAGAAACAAAGAUGGAGACAGGUAGUCACCCGUACGUCGACUACCUAAAGACUCUGGAGUUUGGAGGAAGGGAGGGAAACUACUUUGACCUGCCGGGUCUCGGGGGAGAUAAGUAUGAUCGUCUGCCGUACUCGAUCAGAGUUCUGCUGGAGUCAGGGAUAAGGAACUGCGAUGGGUUCCAGAUCACGAGUCAGGAUGUGACCAACCUCCUGGACUGGAACCAGAACCAGGACAAGAAGAUCGAGAUCCCGUUCCGUCCCGCCAGAGUCAUCCUACAGGACUUUACUGGGGUGCCCGCAGUGGUAGAUUUUGCCGCCAUGAGAGAUGCAGUCAAAUCCCUGGGGGGAGACCCUUCCCUGAUUAACCCCGUCUGUCCUGCUGACCUAGUCAUCGACCAUUCUGUACAGGUGGACUACUUCAGGAGUGAACUGUUGUUUUGUAGCAGUGAGGCUCUGACCCGGAACCAGGCCAUGGAGAUGGAACGGAACAGGGAGAGGUUCGUGUUCCUCAAGUGGGGAGCCAAGGCCUUCAAGAACAUGCUCAUUGUCCCGCCCGGCUGCGGCAUUGUGCACCAGGUCAAUCUAGAAUAUCUUGGUCGUGUGGUGUUCAAUUCCGGAGGCCUCCUCUAUCCUGACAGUCUGGUGGGCACCGACAGCCACACCACUAUGAUCAAUGGUCUCGGCAUCGUUGGAUGGGGUGUAGGAGGUAUAGAGGCCGAGGCAGUGAUGCUGGGACAGUGUAUAUCCAUGGUGCUACCCCAGGUUGUAGGCUACAAAUUGACAGGUGUUGUCAGCUCAUAUGCCACAUCUACUGACGUUGUACUCACCAUCACCAAGCAUCUCCGUCAGGUCGGAGUGGUGGGUAAGUUUGUGGAGUUCUUUGGUCCGGGAGUGGCCCAGCUGUCCAUCGCGGACCGAGCCACCAUCUCCAACAUGUGUCCCGAGUACGGAGCCACUGUGGGCUACUUCCCCGUGGACGACAUGAGCAUCAAAUACCUACGUCAGACAGGUAGGGAGGCAGGGAGUGUUGAGAUGAUAGAGAAGUACCUGAGAGCUGUGGGGAUGUUCAGAGACUACUCCAACAGCGAACAAGACCCCGCCUUCUCACAGAUCCUGGAGCUGGACCUGUCAACAGUGGUGCCCUCUCUGAGUGGACCAAAGAGACCUCACGACAGAGUGUCCGUCUCUGACAUGAAGACAGACUUCAGCCAGUGUCUCCAGAACAAGGUUGGAUUCAAAGGGUUCCAGAUACCAGCAGACAAACAUGGAGCCAGUGCCCCGUUCUCCUAUGAGGGCAAAGACUACACUCUCAAACAUGGUUCUGUGGUGAUAUCAGCCAUCACCAGUUGCACCAACACCUCCAACCCGUCGGUCAUGCUGGGAGCCGGCCUCCUGGCAAAGAAGGCCUGCGAGCGAGGCCUCUCAGUGGCCCCCUACAUCAAGACCUCGUUAUCCCCGGGGUCAGGGGUCGUCACGUACUACCUGAAGGAGAGCGGAGUCAUUCCUUACCUGGAGCAGCUCGGGUUCUGUCCACACACAGCCUCAGACACUGACCCAAAUUUCCACCUGGUGGGCUACGGCUGUAUGACAUGCAUUGGAAACAGCGGACCCCUCCCCGAGGCUGUCACCACGGCAGUGGAACAGGCCGACCUUGUUGCCGUGGGUGUCCUGAGCGGGAACAGGAAUUUCGAGGGUCGUAUCAACCCCCACACGAGAGCAAACUAUCUCACCUCUCCUCCUCUGUGUAUCGCCUACGCCAUCGCUGGGACCGUCCUCAUCGACUUUGAGAAAGAACCACUCGGGGUUGACUCAUCAGGCUCCCCGGUCUUCCUAAAAGACAUCUGGCCGACCAGAGCUGAACUCCAGGAGGUGGAGAGGCAGUACGUGGUGCCUGCCAUGUUCAGAGACACCUACUCCAAGAUCACUGAGAGCAACAGUAGUUGGAAUGAGUUGGAGGCUCCUGACUCUCAGCUGUAUCCCUGGGACCCCAAGUCAACCUACAUCAAGUCUCCUCCCUUCUUUGAUGGCAUGACCCAGGACCCCCCAGCAGUAAGGGACGUUGAGAAGGCAGCCGUCCUCCUGAACCUAGGGGACAGUGUCACCACUGACCACAUCAGUCCAGCCGGCUCCAUCUCUCGAACCUCUCCGGCAGCCAGAUACCUCUCCUCUCGUGGGAUGACCCCACGAGAGUUCAAUUCGUAUGGAGCUCGUCGUGGCAAUGACUCAGUCAUGGCCCGAGGAACAUUUGCCAACAUUCGACUGGUCAACAAGUUCAUGAGCAAGCCAGGCCCAAAGACCCUACAUUUCCCCUCCGGGGAGAGUAUGGACGUAUUUGACGCGGCGGAGAGGUACCGCAGCGAGGGACGGCCACUCAUCGUCCUGGCGGGGAAGGACUACGGCAGUGGGUCAUCUCGAGACUGGGCCGCCAAGGGACCUUGGAUGCUGGGAGUGAAGGCAGUGGUAGCAGAGAGUUUCGAGCGUAUCCAUCGCUCCAAUCUGGUUGGAAUGGGCAUCCUUCCACUCCAGUUCACCGACGGAGCUACCACUGAAACCCUCAGACUCACAGGGAAAGAGUUUUAUUCGGUACAAGUGCCACCUCAGUUGAAACCCGGUCAACUACUGACAGUGAAGACGGACAGUGGAGUAAGUGUGGAGGUGAGAUGUAGGAUUGAUACAGAUGUGGAGCUGACCUACUACCAACACGGAGGCAUCCUCAACUAUAUGGUGCGCAAGAUGUCCAAGUGAAACUGCAAGAACUGUCCUAAAAAUCAUGACUUAUUUAUGACGUUGUACUGUUAUGCUGCAAAAUAAUUAUUAUUGACAUUAUUCUGGAAGAUGAAGAUCAUUUGAGCGUGUUUCUGUUCAUGAUUGUACACUAACAAAGGCAGGAGGACCAGCUCUGCCAGUUUUGUGACUGCUAAGCAAUUAAUAAAAAGUAC